AUGUUACAGUUUUAUCGACAUGGAGAUCGUAUGCCUAUUUACACAUAUGUGAAUGAUCCCUACAAGAAUAAUUCAUAUUGGCCUGCUCCUUGGGGAGAACUCUCAGAUAUCGGUAAAAGGGGUCAUUACGAACUUGGAAAAUGGUUGAGAAAUCGUUACAAGGAUUUUCUACCGGAAAAAUACAACAGAAACGACAUUUACGUUCGUUCGACAGACUAUGAUAGAACGCUCAUGUCGGCCUAUAGUAAUUUGGCAGGUUUAUACGAACCAGAAAAUUCCCAAGAAAAUUGGAAUCCCGAUAUUAAAUGGACUCCGAUUCCCGUUCACACGAUACCAGAAGUUGAGGAUGAGGUUCUUGCAGGACACAAACCUUGUCCGAAAUACGAUAGAGAACAAAAGAAAAUAUUAAAUUCGACAUUUUUUCAAAAAGUCAACGAAAAACAUAAGAAACUCUACGAGUUUUUAACGGAAAAAUCCGGUAAUAAAAUCGCCGACGUGUGGGGAGUGAGCGAAAUAUACGAUAUUUUCCUCAUUGAAGAAAUUUACAAUUUCACUUUGCCCCAUUGGUCAAAGGGCAUAUACCCUCAACCUUUGAAAGACCUUUCGGCACUCAGUUUCGCAAUACCUUGUUUUACUCGUACGUCAGCAAGAUUGAAAAUCGGUCCUCUAUUCCAAGAAAUAUUGGAUAACAUGGAAAAAAAAAUGUCGAAUGAAAUAAGUCAAAAAGUUUGGAUGUAUUCGGGACACGAUACGACAAUCGCAAACAUAUUACAAGCUCUCGACAUGUUUUCACCUCCUCAAUGUCCGCCAUAUUUAAGUAUGAUAUUGUUCGAAUUGAGGAAAAAAGAAGAUGAUUUUUUUGUAUCCAUGCACUACAGAAAUUCAUCGACGGUUUCGCCUUAUUUGUUACAAAUUCCAGGCUGUGAAAAAUUAUGCCCGUUCGAAAGAUUCAAAGAAAUAUUAUCGUCUUUGAUACCUGAAAAUUGGAGCCAAGAAUGCAUGAUUUGA